AUGCAACACAACUCAGUGGGUCCCUCCUCGUCGUCGUCCCGUAAGACUACCGUAACCAGUACAACAACCGUCACGGGCGGUUCCGUCCACCACGGUUCCGUCCAUCUUCAUCACCGAUCCUCGAACAAUGGAUUCACGACGUCACGUACUCCACUGAAUCGUCAUAUGGAAAUGGAUAUGGGAAAAAUGUUCUCCGCAAUGGAGAAGGGACACAAAGUGUGCAAGAUUGCCGUGCUCAAGAAAUGGGACCCGGCGUAUAAAAUGUUGACGUUGGAACGGAAUUCGCGACAGAUAUUACUGACAAAGUUGGAGGUGUCGGCGGUUAGAAACAAACCCACCAUCCUCGACAUUCGACAAAUCCGUGAGGUUCAAACCCUUCAAUACAAGCUAAACACGAUAAAAGUCGACGACAAAUGGAAAAAAGACCGCGAAAUCUCGACGUUCGAGCCAAAAGCCAUCUUGGUGAUUUCCUACGGAAUGGCCUUUGCCUUAUCGAAUUGGAUUUUGUUGUUCGAAACCGAAGACGCGUGUAAACUAUGGUCGAACGGACUACACAAUCUGAUGAUGGAUACCAGAGAUCGAGACUCCUCCCCCCAUCCGCUAAGAAUUGAGAGAUUCCUGCAUAAACACUUUUUGAGUUUGAUGUCACCCGCUAAUGAUGCCGUCGCUCGAAAACACAUGAAGCCCUUUGUCCAAACGUCGCUCCAAUUCAAAGUGCAAUCCGAUCAACUUCAACAAGUUACCGAGGAUCAAAUGGACUUUGAUCAGUUCAGCUAUGCCAGUCGACAGCUUAUUCACGUGCCCGAGCUAUUCUCGUCCCGAUUCGCAGACCUCGCCGAGAAGCACGACCGUAAGGGUCUCGUCGUGAGCUUCCAGAAUUUUUUGCGCUUUUUGGAUGGCAAACAGUUUGACGAUAUGGCGUCGAAUCGGACACGCGCUCUUGAGUUUUUGAAUCGAUAUUUUCACGAGGAUCAGGCGUAUUAUGGAGCGAGCCAGGAGCCGUCGAUGACUGUUUUAGAGUUUUGCGAUUUCCUUUUUUCCCGCGAAAAUUCGUUGUGGGACCCGACGAACGAGAAGGUCACACAUGAUAUGAGCCGCCCGUUGUCACAUUAUUGGAUUGCAAGCUCUCAUAAUACAUACCUUACGGGAGACCAGUUGCGUUCCGAGUCCUCCUUGGAUUGCUAUGCUCAAGCACUGCUGAUGGGUUGCAGGUGUAUUGAGUUAGACUGCUGGGAUGGUCAAAAAAAGCCGGGAAGCGCCGAGUUCAUCGACAUCGUCAUCUACCACGGCUACACAAUGACGUCGAAAAUUUUGCUCCGUGACGUCCUCCACGUCAUCAAACACUACGCCUUCGUCACUUCAGAAUACCCGGUGAUCCUCUCAAUCGAGGAUAACUGCUCAGUACCCGCGCAACGUCUUCUGGCUCAAGAGUUGAAGGACAUUCUCGGAGAGUACUUGUUGACGCAGCCAGCGAAUCGCGAGGAGAAGAUGUUGCCGUCGCCGGCGGCGUUGAAGAAGAAAAUUAUUGUGAAACAUAAGAAGUUGCCGGUGGAGAGCGAAGAUUUGGCGGCAGUGGUGAAGACUGAUGAGUUCCAAGACACCGAAAUAAUCGCCCGUGAAUGCGUCAAAAAAGGAAUUCUCUCAAUCCGCAACAACAACAGCCACGAAUGGACGUCCCACGUGUUCAUCCUGUUCCCCGACCGUCUCUGCUACCUAAUCGAGACCGCCGACCCCGACAACUCAAGUGACGACACCGUAUCGGUAUCGGGUGACGAGGAGCGAGAAGAGGAGACGCCGUCUGGAUUCGGUGUGAAGCCUGAAGAGAUGCACGUGACCGAGGAGUGGUUUCACGGACGGUGUGAACGAGAUGAGGCGAAGAAGAGGAUUCUGGAGCAUAAGGAUGAGGGGAACGGGCUGUUUAUGAUCAGAGACUCGAAUUUGUUCAUUGGAGACUUCUCCUUGUCGAUUUUACAUGAUGGCAAGGUGCAUCAUGUCAGGAUUCGGUCGAAGAUUAUUGACAAAGAAAAAAAGUACUACUUCAUGGACAACAAAGUGUGUGACACGUUAUACGAGCUGGUCUCCUACUACACCCGUCACUAUCUAACCACCGCCAACUUCAAAAUGGUCCUGACGAAGGCGUGCCCCCAACCACAACCGCAUCUCAAUCAACCGUGGUUCUCGGCCACCGCCGACAAGGAGAAGGCCGAGGAGCUGUUGAGUUUGGUGCCGGAAGACGGCGCCUUCCUGAUACGAACCUCAUCUACGGACCCGUCGGUCUACGUGCUCUCGUUGAAGGUCGACGGCGAGUUCUGGCAUUAUCGGCUGAAACGAGACGGGCGGAUAUUUGUGGUGAAUCAGAAGGUGUUCGAGAAUCUCAAUCAGAUUGUCGAGUUCUAUGCGAAUCGAGAAUUCGUCAGAGGCAUCAGCCUUCGGUUUCCUGUUAACGAGAAAGAUAUAUCUCACUUGACGGCGGAGCUUGCCGAGGCGAGAACUCCCGGUUGCUAUAUGGACCUUAAAGAUUUGGAUAAGGAGGUCCAAGCCCGGGCGUUACGACCGUAUCGAGGAACUGCUGAUGACGAGUUAUCGUUCCCGGCCAACGUGAUAAUUACAGUACUCAGGAAGGAGGAGGGGCUGUGGAGAGGGCGGUAUGGAUCACUGACCGGAUGGUUCCCAUCGGCUCAUGUGCAGGAGAUAUUGCCGGAGAAGGCGAACACGUCGGAAACCAGCAACUACAACACAAUCGAGUUGGCUGGAACUCUUAUCGAGCGCAUUCACGAUUUGGACAGACCGCACGUGAUUCGGAUUUCACAGUCGAAUCAGCAUUGGAUGAAUAAGCAGUAUUUCGUGUUGGCAGCGAGUUCCUCCGAAGAAGUCGAGGGAUGGCAAAACAACCUUUACGAGCUUACCCGAUCUGUGAACACCAAAAUGAGCAUACUGCGCACAAAGGAAAAGGAAAAACGAAUAGCCGCGGAGCUCUCGAACCUCGUCGUCUACUGUCAAGCCGUCCCCUUCGACCCCGCCCACAUCCAAAACGACGCUUUCUACGAAAUGUGCUCAUUUGUAGAAGGAAAACUGGAUAAGCUCGUCGAGAAGGGUCUCCUCCCCUUCAACUCGAGAAAACUCUCCCGAGUAUACCCCAACGGAUCCAGGAUAACAUCCACCAACUAUAGCCCGGUGCCGAUGUGGAAUGCGGGGUGUCAUAUGGUAGCGUUGAACUAUCAAACCGGCGACAAACCGAUGCAACUGAACCAAGGAAAGUUUCUGGCGAAUGGGAGGUGUGGGUACCUGCUGAAACCGGAUUAUAUGCUCACUGAUGAUUUCGAUCCGAUGAACUCCGACAAGUUCACAACGGCCUAUCCAAUACGGUUGAAUGUUCAAGUGAUUGGCGGGAGACAUUUGUCGAGGAGGGAUAAGAAUAAGGGAAUAUGCUCGCCGUUUGUUGAAAUUGAGAUUAUCGGGAUGCCGUGUGAUACGAAAGUUUUUCAAACGAAGACUAUUGCGUCCAAUGGUCUAAACCCGAUCUGGAACCAAACAUUCACCUUCGAAAUCCAAUGUCCCGAAGUGGCACUCAUCAGAUUCCACGUGGAGGACGGUGACUUCGUCGGACCGAAGACCGACCCGUUCAUCGGACAAGCCGUCUUCCCUGUCGACUCGAUUCGUUGCGGAUUCCGCUCGGUUCCGCUCAAAAAUCAAUAUAGUGAGGAGUUGGAACUGUCGUCACUGCUCGUCGAUGUGCAAAUGUGCUCCAGAGAGGGAACACAACUGAUUCGGUCGUCUUCUCACUUUUUGCAGGUUAGUUGGGGUAGGGACAUCCGGACAAACAGAAAGACAGACAGACAACACUGA